GGUCGUCACGGGAACCGUUGAAUCGAUAGUGAUCUGAGAGGUUUUGUUGUUUUUGUACGUUUUAUACCGUUGAUUGUUGAAUGAUGGAAGAGUAUAAUACCGGAGACGAGGUGGCCUUUAGUCCUGAUGAUGCAAGUAAUGCUGUUAAAGAGUGUAUUGAGGGUGUUAUUGGAGGUGUGGAUUACAGCCAGAACAAAGUGAACCAGUGGACAGCUAGCAUUGUGGAGCACUCGCUCACUCAUCUGGUCAAACAAGGAAAACCAUUUAAGUACAUUGUAAAUUGUGCUAUAAUGCAGAAGAGUGGAGCAGGACUUCACACAGCCAACUCCUGUUAUUGGGAUACCACCACUGAUGGAAGCUGCACGGUCAGAUGGGAGAACCGCACCAUGUACUGCAUUGUUAGUGUGUUUGCAGUUGCCAUGUCUCUUUAAGUCGAAAGUGGCGUCAUAACGUGACCAAGACACACUUUUAAACUCCAGGUGGCGCCACCAGCUUAUCUCGUGAACUGUCUAGUGCACGGGUGUGUGGUGUUAUGCCCUCUGCCCUUUGGCUUGUGAGUGGGUGACAGUUCACUAGUGUCUGCAGUAUACCUUUAAUUUCUGAAUAUAUUUAAAUCUUGUCAUAACUGUGCUUAUUUAGACUUGUAAUAUUUAGUGUAACACUUGAGUUUUAUUGUUGUACAGCAUUCAUAAUGGUUAGUAGACAUCUGAAUAAAUGAUGAAAACCCAUGAAAUAAUCAGUUAUCAGCCUGUAGUGUUGAUUAAAAAAAAAAAAAAAACUGUAUAAUGGAAACCCAUUGAAUCAGUGGUUCUCAACCAUAAAGUCAGAAUCUGGGGUCUCUUGAGAUGCAGAUAGGGUCACAGGAGAUUUUUAGCUAAACAUUAAUACAGUAUAAGGUUAUUGGUCCGUGUACCUUUGGUAAUUCGUUUUUCAUCUCAAAACCCAAAGUUGAAAAACAAGAAAACGGGUCGUUUUUCAUUUCAAAAACCAAUAAUGAAAAGCGGGAAAACGGGGCGUUAUUCGUUUUUCGUUUUAAGAUCAAAAGUCAAAUAACAAAUAAGCAGAAAUUGAAAAACGGGUCGUAUUUAAAUUUUCCAAAAUCAAAUUUUUUUAUCAGUUCAACCAGAAAUAAAAGUGCGAGCGCGUGCAAAAAGUCAUAAUAGGGUCAUUCCUAGCAUUCGGUGCCAUUUGAGUCCCCAUGACGUAAUAUGGUAUAUUUUGUGUAAAAAUAGACUAAUACUUAUUUCUAUAAGCUUGUCUUACAUGAUUAACCCCCCUCCACCAUAGAAAACAAUGAAGUGUUCCCAGGAUUAUUUAAUUUUUUAAAAAAUCCACUCUGAUUUUAGUGCAAGUAGGCUUAACUGCCAUGUCCCCAAUCAUGUUUUCUCAAAUUCAUUUACAAAUAUAAGUAAUAAAAAUCAAACAAAUUCUACA